AUGUCAUCUGAUAUUGCCGCACGCCUAUUUGUCCUUGCCCAUGAUGCUGAGAUGCUUGCUGAUGGUUAUGCCUGGAUUGUGACUGAUAGUGUAGGAAACAUGUUUAGCUCCUUCGAUCAGAGAACGAUCAACUCAAUGCAGGGAGUUCUUGGCGUGAGGCCUUAUGUGCCACCGUCGGACAAGCUCAUCAACUUCCCUCCUCGAUUUGUUUCACGGUACCGACAACAGAACCCAGGUGCACCAGACCCAGCAAAUCCAAAUGUGUUCCAUCUGUGGGCUUAUGACACUGCAUGGGCCAUCGCACUGGCCCUAAGGAAGGUUGGUCCCCUUACACAAGGCUUUCAGACGCCAUCACCACAAAACAGCAACAGCUCAAAUGAUCUGAGUAUGCUGGCUGUGUCGCAAGAUGGACCAGGGAUUAUUGAUGCCAUCCGAGCCACUAAGUUCCAGGGAAUAUCAGGUGAAUUUGUUCUUGCUGACGGUCAGCUCCAGGCAUCAGUAUUUGAGGUAUUUAAUGUGAUUGGCAAUUCGUAUCAAAAUGCUGGGUUCUGGACACCAAAUUUUGGCCUAAGUAAGAACCUCAUUGUAUCUUCUGGUUCAAGUGGUAUUGUUGGAUUGAAUACAGUGAUUUGGCCUGGUGGUUCAGUACAACCUCCCAGAGGUUGGGAGUGGCCGGUGGCUGGAAAGAAGUUGCAGAUUGCUGUGCCAGUAAAGCCUACUGUCAACCCAUUUGUGAAUGUAAAGAAGAAUGUGGCUACUGGAAAGUUUGACGUGACUGGAUACUGCAUAGAUAUCUUUGAAGCUGUUAUGCGAGAGAUGCCAUAUGCUGUCCCCUAUGAGUAUGUUCCUGUUGUGGACCCCAACAUAGCCACCAACAUAACCCUGUCAUACAGUGAGAUAUGUUAUGAGGUUUCCCUUAAGAAAUAUGAUGCAAUGGUUGGGGACACCACAAUAAUCAUCAAUCGUUCUAUGUUUGUUGACUUUACUUUACUUUACACUGAAUCAGGGGUGCAGAUGGUCGUACCCAUGAGGGAGAACUGGAGCAAGAGCUUGUGGGUUUUUAUGAAGCCUAUUGAAACAAGACUGUGGGUAGCCAUCUUGGUUGUUUUCCUUUUUACUGGUUUUGUCAUAUGGCUUGUUGAGCACCGUGAGAGCAGAUAUUUUGGUGGCACCGCCGGAAAGCAGCUCGACAACAUUGCUUACUUCAACUUUCAAGCGCUUUUGUCCGUUCCAAGGGGUGAGCUAAACAGAAUUAAUAAAAGAGUGUUUCCCAAGGGCUCUCCACUUGUUGGUGAUAUGUCACGGGCUAUAUUAAAGGUGACAGAAGGGGACGAGAUUGUGGGCAUUGAGAGGAAGUGGUUGGGACUGGACGAGGGUGCCUGCAACAGCCUGACUAACGCCUUUGAGAUGGGCUCUGUAAUUACCUGGAGCAGUUUAAAAGGAGUGUUCUUUAUAACCAUCAGUCUGUGGGGUAUUGCGGGGAUCAUCUACAUGGUCAUCAACUUCUCACCAUGGUGGCAAGGUAGAGGGCAAGUCCAGGAAGCCGUUGCUGAACUUGUUAUUGAGCAUGCCAAUGGCGAUGCCAGGGAUGAAAGAGCAUGGCCAAUUGAAAGAAAUGGCCAUCUAGUGCUUCACCUGCGUGGUAAUCCACCACCACCAGCACAGUAG